AUGCCGCCACUCACUGGGGCCAACAACAAUUCCCAUCAUCUCUCGGCCCUCGCGCAAUCCAGAUCAGACAGAAUACCUGAAUUGACCGAAGCCUUCACGCAACUGGGGACUGGCGAUGAAUCACGUUCCCACCCGGGACUUGACACACCUUCCAACCCGAGACCUGGUACACCUUCUUCCACAGCUACGAUACCUGUGGGGGUCCACGGACUGUACGAAUUGUUCGAUCAUGUGCCUCGUCAGACCUUUUUUAGGCAUGUCGUACGCGAUAUACCAAUGGCCUCCUUCGAUGCAUUCGUAGGGGCACUGGUUCAAACCGGUUAUUUGGAUUGGGAGGACGACGACCUACCCAUAAACCCACCAACAAGAGUCGCGAUCAUGGCCUUGACAUUUCAGCAGCUUGUAUCUCCCUCUGAACUCAACCUGCCUCCAGAUGUCGUUGAAAGGGACGCCACAAUGGUUUUUGGACGUCGCCACAAAACUUCGUGGUCUCAAAAACAUGUAAGCCGAAUAGACAAUUCCCUAGCGCUUCGAAAAACGUCGGUUUUUUGA